GACAGAGGACCAUCACGCGGACACGCACACCUAGGAGGAGGCCCUUCCCAGUGAUCCCCCGCGCAAUCGGAGUUCAUCUCCAAACUUCAGCCUUCCCUUCCAUUGGAGGUAUAUCGCUAAGAGACAGUUCCAGCGCCAAACUAACUGUCCUGAUCCUCCUCAGAAUAGGUCAUGGAGGAGGAGGGGCAGCUUAGGAGAGCACUUAUUGAUGCUACGGCGGGUGCAGUUUCAGGUGGCAUAUCUAGAACUGUGACGUCCCCGCUUGAUGUAAUUAAGAUCAGGUUCCAGGUUCAACUGGAACCUACUUCUAAGUGGGCAGUGCUUGGCAAGCAUGUGUACCAACCUUCCAAGUACACCGGGAUGUUGCAAGCGACAAAGGACAUCUUCAGAGAGGAAGGCCUGAGGGGAUAUUGGAGAGGUAAUGUUCCUGCACUUUUGAUGGUCAUGCCGUAUACUGCUAUACAAUUUCCUGUGUUACAUCAGUUAAAAAUCAUUGCUUCCGGGUCUUCAAAAUCAGAAGACCACAUUAAUUUGAGUCCAAUUAUUUCGUUCGUGAGUGGGGCAUUAGCAGGCUGUGCAGCAACUCUUGGAUCUUAUCCGUUUGACCUGCUAAGAACAGUAUUAGCUUCACAAGGGGAGCCCAAGGUAUACCCAAACAUGAGAUCUGCCUUUGUUGAUAUACUUAGAAGUCGUGGUGUUCAAGGCCUGUAUUCUGGAUUGAGUCCCACACUUGUGGAGAUCAUUCCUUAUGCGGGUUUACAGUUUGGCACUUACGAUACAUUCAAGCGUUGGACAAUGGCUUGGAACCAUCGCAGGCAAUUAGGAACGAGUCAUGGUGAUUUCGCUCCUUCAAGAUUCCAGCUCUCUCUGUGUGGGUUCGCUGCUGGAAUAACUGCGAAGGUUGCCUGUCAUCCCUUAGAUGUAGUGAAGAAGAGAUUUCAGGUUGAAGGCCUAAAGAGGCACCCGAGAUAUGGUGCACCAGUGGAGAUUAACGCAUACGUAAAUAUGUAUGAUGCUCUGCGCCGGAUUCUGCUACAAGAGGGAUGGGCUGGACUUUAUAAAGGCAUAGUUCCAUCGAUUGUCAAAGCUGCUCCGGCUAGUGCUGUUACAUUUGUUGCCUAUGAAUUUACAUCAGAGUGGCUUGAAGAUUUAUAGGGUCAAUGAGUCAAUCUUUUCAUACUUUCCACUGUCACUUUACUCAGAGGCUGAGACUAAGGUAAGCAAGUAGACCUUUCUCAUAUAGAGUCUGAGACUGAGGAAAGCAAGUAGGCUUUGUCAUUCUUUCUUCAACUUAUUCAUACCCAAGGGGUGUCCCCAGGAUGGAAUUAUUAGGGGGGUGCAGGGCUGCCCACUGUUUUUUUUUGAAUUUUUUAAGUCGUACAGUGUAACAAAUUUUGUUGGAGGAUGUCUUCUGACUUCAGAUAGUAAAGUAUUGUCAUAUACUACUACGUACUUCGUAUAAUAUAUGGAGAAGGUACAAAUUCACACUUGAA